CUGACCCAGAGCAUAACCUAGCCUUAGCUAAGCUACAUACUAAGGUAGAGUGGGUUUGGGUCAGAGUUCAUUGGUCAGGGUUAGGGUAGCAGCAUGGCGGAGGGUAAGCCGUACCGGUAUGGUCUGAUCGCGGCGGGGAUGUGUGUGUUGUUAGUCGGUCUGUUCGUUAUGACUCAGGAGCGACCUCACAUCUACGCAACAGUCUGCUCUCUGGGGAUCACCAUGAUCAUCCUCGGCACCGCAUGGAGCCUCUGCCAGUGCUACCCUAAGGUAAGGACUGGUGUGUGUGUGUGUAUGUUCAAGUUUAAAUUUACCUUGGGGAGCCAGCCAAUGCAAGUCUUCAGGUCUCAGGUAAGGUUACCCAUCAAGCAAUCACUGAACCACCUUACAUCUGUGUAUGAAAGAGAUAAAGUGUUAGUGUGUGUGUGUUGAACAGGAUGGUGGUUUGGACAACUGUGAUUUAUACUGAAACAAAAAUAUAAACGCAACAUGUAAAGUGUUGGUCCCAUGUUUCAUGAGCUGAAAUAAAAGAUCCCCGAAAUUUUCCAUAUGCACGUUUACAUCCCUGUUAGUGAGCAUUUCUCCUUUCCAAGAUAAUCAAUCCACCUGACAGGUGUGUCAUAUCAAGAAGCUGAUUAAACAACAUGAUCAUUACACAGGUGCACCUUGGGCUGGGGACAAUAAAAGACCACUCUAAAAUGUGCAGUUUUGUCACACAACACAAUGCCACAGAUGUCUCAAUUUUUGAGGGAGCGUACAAUUGGCAUGCCGACUGCAGAAAUGUCCACCAGAGCUGUUGCCAGAUAAUUAAAUGUUAAUUUCUCUACCAUAAGCCGCCUCCAAUGUCAUUUUAGAGAAUUUGGCAUUACAUCCAACCGGCCUCACAACCGCAGACCACGUGUAACCACGCCAGCCCAAGACCUCCAAAUCCUGCUUCUUCACCUGCGGAGGGGGAGGGGGGGUGCUAAGGAGUAUUUCUGUCUAUAAUAAAGCCCUUUUGUGAGGAAAAACUAAUUCUGAUUGGCUGGGCCUGGAUCCCCAGUCGGUGGGCCUACUCCCUCCCAGGCCCACCCAUGGCUGUGUCCCUGCCCAGUCAUGUGAAAUCCAUAGAUUAGGGCCUAAUGAAUUUAUUUGAAUUUACUGAUUUGCUUCUAUGAACUGUAACUCUUUGAAAUUGUAGCAUUUAUAUUUUUGUUCAGUAUAGCAGCAGUGUGUGUGGUCUGUCUCCACUCGGUCUCUCCCAGAGCCAUAAUAAACACAGAAUGAGUGCGCAUGGAAUAAUCAAACAGGGUCAUUACACCUGUGUAUUUCUGUGUGUCAGGUGGUGUUGAUCUCUCAGAGCCUGGAGGAGAGGGGAGCAGAGGACAGCAUGGAUGCUGCUGCAGGGGAGAUAAACACCAGGUACUGUAUACACACACUCAGACUCCAGUAAUACACUAAUAUGUAGUAUUACUAGGAAGUAAUGUGAUCAUGACUGUAUAUUGAUGUGGAGCGUUGAGAGAAAUGAUAAUUUUCUGGAGACUGACGUCUAUCCCCCUUCUCUUUCAGUGUUUCACUUGCUGGUUUCCAUGAUAACAAGGUCAGCAUACGUGGCCCUGCCCUGUCUGUUUCUGUCCCUCUGGUCCUCCAGCUCCACUCCUCCCACAGCUGUCCCAUACUACACCUGGCUUGACCUGAAAUAAACAUUUUAUGGAUUUCAUA